AUGGCGUGUCGCACGCAAACACUCACCACGAAGCGCAACGCAUCCUUGUCAAAUCCUUCUAGCCCAUACUCAGACCCAGCCGGCAACAUGGUCGCCCUCUUCUCCCUCAUAUCCAGCAUCGCCCUCUUCACCUUCGCCAUCCGGCCGGCCACCGCCCAGUGGUACGUCCUAGGCGUCAAGGAUGAGUGGGAAACGACGCAGCCCCCAGGCGGGCUCGGCUACACAACCCACGACUACUCCAUCGCCGUUAAGGACGUCAUGUCUAUUCGGUUGAACAAUGAAAGGCCGAGUGGUGGAUGA